AUGUCGGGCAUACCGACCUACACCUCCGCGCCUGUGAACGCCAACUCCACCACCAACGAAGAAGACACGCACACCACAACCUCGCGCCCCGAACCCGCCACCGCAAUCCAGUCCGCGCUCACGACUCCCCCCAACCACCCAAUACUUCUGCAACGGCUACAGCACCGUCGUACUCGCCGAUCUACACUACCACGCAGCCAGACGCCCGGCGCGGCGCCUACCUUGCCUAUUCCAACGGCGACGACAGCUUCCGGAGGACAGCAGCCACCGCUGGGAAAUGUAGCUGCUACAGCGACGACGCCGCUUGCGCCGACGAGUGCAGCUGCUCAGUCUCCGCCGGCGCCUCAGCCCGGCGCGCGUCCUGAGCCUCCUUCUGCGAGUGCAGCAGCCCCAUCUGCUAUUCCUCCACCGCCAAAAGCAGGCGAACCAAUUCCGCCCUCACUGUCUUCUCCUGCUCCCGCUACAGCUACUUCUACUACAGCACCCGCACAGAAACCCUUCACCCAAUCCUACUCCUACCAGUCCCCCACCGUGCAGCAGCAACAAGCAAUCCCAAACUCGACAUCUACCCCCUUCUCCUCGGUAUACCAAUCCCCCGGCGCGGCGGGGAGACCGCAGGGCCUACCAACGCAUUAUGGUGGCAGUGGUGGCGGGAGUGGAGGAGUAACGGGAAGUAUCUUUGCAGGCGAGGAUGAGCCCAGCAUGUUCAACACGGCCAAGGCGUGGAUGAACACGGCAGGGAACAAGUUAGCGGAGGUGGAGGCGGAGGUCUGGAAGCGGAUUAAUGAUGCGCAUGGUGAGAAAUAG